AUUAAUAAAUCGAAUGUAUACCAAUAGUUUAAGAUGAUUAGCUGCAUGCUUGGCCCCUAUACGAAUUGACCCAUCAAUUAAAACAGAUAUGUGAUGAAAGAUGUAUCUAGUGAAGAGAGUUAUUCUUAGUAAACUACUGUCUGGGAGCAUAUUGACAUAUAGAUCAUUUUAACAAUUAAGGAGCAUGGCUUCUAUUAUUAUCAAAAUGUUGACAUUCAAUGUAGUUGCAGUAUUUUUAUUCGGAGUUUCUCUAGGGAAAGUUAUUUAUGAUGUCGAUUUUGACGAUGAUGACGGAAAGUGGCUGUCUGAUGAUGAGAAUUACGAGACAUCAAAAGAUUAUUUAGGGGAUUCUGUUGCAGGAUUAGUACUCCAAGACAAUGAAAAAUGUCCGCCAUUACCGGAAGUUAUAUCAUCGUCUGCUUGCAUGGCCACACCUUGUUUUCAUGACAAAGAUUGUGGGACAUCGGAAGGUCGUUGCUGUAAUAAUGGUUGUGUGUUUACAUGCUUUUCAUACCCGAUAGGACCAACAUAUAUUGACUGGGUUCGUGAACCAAGGCGACAACAAGUAAAUGGAAUAUCAUGGUUGAUGAAAGGACCAACUUUAGCUGAGGAAUUAGAGCCCUGUAGUACUACAUAUCACGAAGAUGAAGAUCCUCUCUUGUGUCCGACAGGAUAUAUUUGUCACGUGGAGAGGCUGGGAAAUUCGAAAAAGGACGUACCUAAUUUAGGUCACUGUAUUCCCGAAAAAGACGUGUAUCCAACAGUUGACCCAAAUCCCAGCAGACACUUAGAAACCGACUGCUAUUUAGAGAAAUAUUUAAUGGCAGAUGGCGCCAAAAUAAAAGUUAGAAAUAGGACUUGUUACUGUAAACAGGGUUUCUUGAGUUGUUUAAAAGACUAACUAUAGAAGACGCGUCUUAUUUUAUAUACAUUCCAAAAGAAAACAACUCCUUACAGAGGUAACGAACCAAGAGACGACACAAAUCCAUAGGACUAAACUGUGUUUAAGGACCAACAGACGACACAAAGUCAUAGGACUAAACUGUGUUUAAGGACCAACAGAAAAGACAACUUAUUGACUUUCAAAAAUGGGUAUUGAUGUACGCAAACUUUUUGAUGCAUUCGAAAACAAACUUAUCUCUCCUUCUUUGCCAAAUUGAUAGCUUGACAUAA